AUGUCUGGAAAUUUUACACUGGGAAUAAGGGACAUUCCCUUUUACUCUUUUUAAGGUGAAUUAGUGCAGCUGGGUGCUUCAUUCUGGAGUGACAGUACCUGUGCCCAGAAGUGCACAUGUACCUCAACAGGCCUGCAGUGCCGCAACCAGCCAUGCUCCUUUUCACAGAUCUGCAAGCCAGCUUCCUUCCAGUUCUCCUGUCAGACAGUGCCAAGAGGAACCUGCACCAUAAGCGGUGAUCCCCAUUACUACACCUUUGAUAACCGAAUGUUUCACUUCCAAGGCACUUGCACGUAUGUUCUCUCUGAGCAAUGUAAUAGUGGGCUGCCCUACUACAGAGUAGAAGGCAAAAAUGAGCACAGAGGAAGUACUCGAGUCUCUUUGACACGACUGGUGAAAGUGCAUGUCUACAAUGACACAAUUGAGCUUGUCAAAGGACGUCGUGGUCAGGCUAAGGUUAACGGGAACUUUGCAUCCACUCCAUUCUCCCUUAGCAAUGGCACCGUGCAGGUUUAUGAGUCAGGUUUUUCUGUGUUUGUCAGCACUGACUUUGGUUUAGUGGUGUCUUAUGACACAGAUCAUUAUGUCCAGAUCAGCUUGCCCUACACUUACCAGAAUGGUACAUGCGGUCUUUGUGGAAACUUCAAUGGCAUUCGUAGAGAUGACUUUCAAACUCGUGACGGUGAGGUUGUGAGCUCUGAUGUGGUUUUUGCUAACAGCUGGCAAGCAUGGGAUGAUGAGCCUGGCUGUGGGCCACAGUGCGGAGGUCUGGACUGUGCUGGUUGCACCGUAGAAGAGACAGCAUUGUACAGCAACACUGACCACUGUGGUAUCCUCAGCAGUAGUUCUGGACCUUUCACGGUUUGCCAUCAGCAACUUCCUCCACAGUCCUUUGUGGACAGUUGUGUGUAUGAUCUGUGUGUAGGAGGAGGGUACCGACCUAUUCUCUGUCAAGCCCUAAGUGUGUAUGCAAGUCAGUGUCAACAAAGUGGUAUUCAGCUACCAAGUUGGAGGACACCUGGCUUUUGUGAAAUCCCAUGUCCAGCCAACAGCCACUUUGAGUCUGAAGGCACAGGAUGUCCACCUACCUGUGUUAAUCCCAAUUCUACCCAUAACUGCCCUCUACCUCCCCAGGAAAGCUGCAUCUGUGAUUCAGGCUACAUCCUCAGUGGUGGGGUCUGCGUCCCUCAUGCUGAGUGUGGCUGCAGCUUUGAGGGCCGUUACUACCGCUCUGGACAAACUGUAAUACUAGACGAAGACUGUGGGAGACGUUGUAGCUGCAGUUAUGGCUCCAUGACUUGCCACUCUCAUGGUUGUGGCCCACUUGAAUCAUGCAGGGUGGAGGAUGGAGAAAGAGGAUGCAGACCAAAUAGCUAUGAAACAUGCUGGAUCAGAGGCCCAGGGUCAUAUCAGACAUUUGAUGGACUGACAUACCAAUAUCCUGGAGCGUGUCGAUUGACACUUGCCAAAGUUAUGGGACUGUCCAGUCACCCACACUUCAUGGUGACAGCAGAAAAAGUGCCAAGAGGCCAGCAAGGUUUUGCACGAAUUCUGCAUUUUGAAGCAGAGGGGAUACACGUAUCUAUUGAGAUGGCAAGGAACAGUAAAGUGAAGGUUAACGGUCAGCUGAUCAGGCUACCUUUCAGCACUCCAUCCAACCGAAUCCAGAUCUUCCACAGCAGCAUUUACAGUGUCAUCAUUCGCACCUCCUUUGGUGUAACUGUGCAGACAGUCUGGCCUCACUUUGUCCGUGUCACUGCUCCUGGUGUCUACAAUGGUUCACUGGGUGGACUCUGUGGUAAUUACAAUGGUCAUCCACAUGAUGACUUCAAUACACCCAACGGUGUCCUGGUCAACAGUUCUCAGGACUUUGGAGACAGUUGGCGAGAUGGCUCUCUGGCUGCUCACUGCGUGGAAAGCAUGAACCAAAAUUCUACAACUAAUUACAAUUCUACUGAGUACUGUGGCAUUCUCAGCUCACCAGCUGGGCCAUUUGUACCCUGUUGGUCUGUGGUUGACCCAAGGCAUCAGGUGGAUGUAUGUGUGGAGAUCAUGGGGGGCUCUAACAAUCCAGCAUCAACUCUGUGUGGUGUCCUACAUUAUGCACUAAUGUGUCAACAGAAGGGUGUUGCCUUAGGACAAUGGAGAAAUGCAACUGGCUGUGCACUAACCUGCCCAUCAAACAGCCAUUAUGAACUCUGUGGAACCUCUUGUCCUUCUGCUUGCCCCAGCCUCUCUUUCCCCUUCACCUGUGAUACUGUGUGCCAGGAGGGCUGUCAGUGUAACAGUGGUUUUAUCCUCAAUGGUGACCAGUGCGUUCCACCAACAUCUUGUGGAUGCUAUCAUCAAGGACGCUAUCACCAAGGUGGUGAGCAGUUCUGGGAUGGUGAAGAAUGUCAGAGCUUGUGUACCUGUAACGGCACUACAGGGAGCGUCCACUGUACUCCCAACUCCUGUGGGCCCCAGGAGUCCUGCCGUGUGGUGGAGGGCGAGUUUGGCUGCCAUCCCAACCCUCAUGGCACCUGCUCUGCUACUGGAGACCCUCACUACAUCACCUUUGAUCGUAAGGCCUAUGACUUCCAAGGAACCUGCCGCUACGUUCUGGUGACCCUCUGUAAUGCCACUGAUGAGCUCAAUCAGUUCUCCGUGGAAGCUAAGAAUGAGGCAUUGAAUGGGCGUCCACUUUCAACAGUAGCUGAAGUUUUUGUGAAUGUGUGGGGCUAUGACGUGCAUAUGUCAAGGGACAGAAGAGGUUUGGUACAAGUGAAUGGAGUAACUAGAAAUUUACCUAUUGUCUUGAAUGAAGGUAAUGUGUCUAUCUAUGCAACAGGAUCUCGUAUAGUUGCCAGCACUAAUUUCGGCUUGAGUGUUACCUAUAAUGGAUAUAGUGCAGUGUUUAUCUCCGUACCACCAAAUUACAGAGAAAAAAUAUGUGGACUUUGUGGAAAUUUCAAUGGAAAUCCAAAUGAUGACUUUCACACACCAUCUGGAACGAUAGUCACAUCUCCAGAUGAGUUUGGGAGAGCCUGGAAGGUGCCAGGCAACUACACGUGCAAUGAUGGCUGUGGCUCCUCCUGUCCACAGUGUACCAAUGAACAGCCAGCUAGAGAUCAGUGUGAGGUGAUACAGGCAGCUGAUGGGCCCUUCAGUUUCUGCCACGAGGAGGUGGACCCGGCGCCAUAUUUCAACGACUGUCUGUUUGACGUAUGUUUGUCAGGAAAUCAAGGCCACGAUCUCUUGUGCAGUGCCAUUGAAUCAUAUGUCAGUGCCUGUCAGUCUGCUAAUGUUCGUAUCUAUCCGUGGAGAGAGAACACCACCUGCACACUGGACUGUCCAGCCAACAGCCAUUAUGAGCUGUGCGGUACUGACUGUGGCCACACCUGUGCCAGUAGCAUUGAUGAAACCUGUGAGCAGUUCUGCUCUGAGGGAUGUUUCUGUGAUGAAGGCUUCAUCAAGAGUGGGACCAGGUGUGUCCCAGUGGAAAGCUGUGGCUGCCAGUAUGAUGGAUUCUACUAUGAUGCUGGCGAGUCCUUCUGGACAGACGGUUGCUCCCAGAGAUGUGAAUGUCACGCUCCAAAUGACCUGCGAUGUUCUGCCUCGUCGUGCACUCCUGAACAGCAGUGCUCCAUCAGAGACGGCCAGCUGGGCUGUUACAAUGCUACCACCUGCACAGUAUCUUUCAAAGGUAUCGUGUACAUUUUCCCUGCUAUGCAGAUGAUCUCCAGCUCUGUCAAUGAAACCAUGAGACUAAACUGUAGGAAUGUCUUAAAGAGCAUAAGGGACAUUUCCUUUUAUUCUUUUUAAGGUGAAUUAGUGCAGCUGGGUACUUCAUUCUGGAGUGACAGGACCUGUGCACAGAAGUGCACAUGUACCUUAACAGGCUUGCAGUGCCGCAAUGAGCCGUGCUCCUUUUCACAGAUCUGCAAGCCAGCUUCCUUCCAGUUCUCCUGUCAGACAGUGCCAAGAGGAACCUGCACCAUAAGCGGUGAUCCCCAUUACUACACCUUUGAUAACACAGUGUUUCACUUUCAAGGCACUUGCACGUAUGUUCUCUCUGAGCAAUGUAAUAGUGGACAGCCCUACUACAGAGUAGAAGGCAAAAAUGAGCACAGAGGCAGUACUCGAGUCUCUUGGACACGACUGGUGAAAGUGCAUGUCUACAAUGACACAAUUGAGCUUGUCAAAGGACGCCAUGGUCAGGCUAAGGUUAACGGGAACUUUGCAUCCACUCCAUUCUCCCUUAGCAAUGGCACCGUGCAGGUUUAUGAGUCAGGUUUUUCUGUGUUUGUCAGCACUGACUUUGGUUUAGUGGUGUCUUAUGACACAGAUCAUUAUGUCCAGAUCAGCUUGCCCUACACUUACCAGAAUGGUACAUGCGGUCUUUGUGGAAACUUCAAUGGCAUUCGUAGAGAUGACUUUCAAACUCGUGACGGUGAGGUUGUGAGCUCUGAUGUGGUUUUUGCUAACAGCUGGCAAGCAUGGGAUGAUGAGCCUGGCUGUGGGCCACAGUGCGGAGGUCUGGACUGUGCUGGUUGCACCGUAGAAGAGACAGCAUUGUACAGCAACACUGACCACUGUGGUAUCCUCAGCAGUAGUUCUGGACCUUUCACGGUUUGCCAUCAGCAACUUCCUCCACAGUCCUUUGUGGACAGUUGUGUGUAUGAUCUGUGUGUAGGAGGAGGGUACCGACCUAUUCUCUGUCAAGCCCUAAGUGUGUAUGCAAGUCAGUGUCAACAAAGUGGUAUUCAGCUACCAAGUUGGAGGACACCUGGCUUUUGUGAAAUCCCAUGUCCAGCCAACAGCCACUUUGAGUCUGAAGGCACAGGAUGUCCACCUACCUGUGUUAAUCCCAAUUCUACCCAUAACUGCCCUCUACCUCCCCAGGAAAGCUGCAUCUGUGAUUCAGGCUACAUCCUCAGUGGUGGGGUCUGCGUCCCUCAUGCUGAGUGUGGCUGCAGCUUUGAGGGCCGUUACUACCGCUCUGGACAAACUGUAAUACUAGACGAAGACUGUGGGAGACGUUGUAGCUGCAGUUAUGGCUCCAUGACUUGCCACUCUCAUGGUUGUGGCCCACUUGAAUCAUGCAGGGUGGAGGAUGGAGAAAGAGGAUGCAGACCAAAUAGCUAUGAAACAUGCUGGAUCAGAGGCCCAGGGUCAUAUCAGACAUUUGAUGGACUGACAUACCAAUAUCCUGGAGCGUGUCGAUUGACACUUGCCAAAGUUAUGGGACUGUCCAGUCACCCACACUUCAUGGUGACAGCAGAAAAAGUGCCAAGAGGCCAGCAAGGUUUUGCACGAAUUCUGCAUUUUGAAGCAGAGGGGAUACACGUAUCUAUUGAGAUGGCAAGGAACAGUAAAGUGAAGGUUAACGGUCAGCUGAUCAGGCUACCUUUCAGCACUCCAUCCAACCGAAUCCAGAUCUUCCACAGCAGCAUUUACAGUGUCAUCAUUCGCACCUCCUUUGGUGUAACUGUGCAGACAGUCUGGCCUCACUUUGUCCGUGUCACUGCUCCUGGUGUCUACAAUGGUUCACUGGGUGGACUCUGUGGUAAUUACAAUGGUCAUCCACAUGAUGACUUCAAUACACCCAACGGUGUCCUGGUCAACAGUUCUCAGGACUUUGGAGACAGUUGGCGAGAUGGCUCUCUGGCUGCUCACUGCGUGGAAAGCAUGAACCAAAAUUCUACAACUAAUUACAAUUCUACUGAGUACUGUGGCAUUCUCAGCUCACCAGCUGGGCCAUUUGUACCCUGUUGGUCUGUGGUUGACCCAAGGCAUCAGGUGGAUGUAUGUGUGGAGAUCAUGGGGGGCUCUAACAAUCCAGCAUCAACUCUGUGUGGCGUCCUACGAAAUUAUGCACUAAUGUGUCAACAGAAGGGUGUUGCCUUAGGACAAUGGAGAAAUGCAACUGGCUGUGCACUAACCUGCCCAUCAAACAGCCAUUAUGAACUCUGUGGAACCUCUUGUCCUUCUGCUUGCCCCAGCCUCUCUUUCCCCUUCACCUGUGAUACUGUGUGCCAGGAGGGCUGUCAGUGUAACAGUGGUUUUAUCCUCAAUGGUGACCAGUGCGUUCCACCAACAUCUUGUGGAUGCUAUCAUCAAGGACGCUAUCACCAAGGUGGUGAGCAGUUCUGGGAUGGUGAAGAAUGUCAGAGCUUGUGUACCUGUAACGGCACUACAGGGAGCGUCCACUGUACUCCCAACUCCUGUGGGCCCCAGGAGUCCUGCCGUGUGGUGGAGGGCGAGUUUGGCUGCCAUCCCAACCCUCAUGGCACCUGCUCUGCUACUGGAGACCCUCACUACAUCACCUUUGAUCGUAAGGCCUAUGACUUCCAAGGAACCUGCCGCUAUGUUCUGGUGACCCUCUGUAAUGCCACUGAUGAGCUCAGUCAGUUUUCCGUGGAAGCUAAGAAUGAGGCAUUGAAUGGGCGUCCACUUUCAAUAGUAGCUGAAGUUUUUGUGAAUGUGUGGGGCUACAACGUGCAUAUGUCAAGGGACAGAAGAGGUUUGGUACAAGUGAAUGGAGUAACUAGAUAUUUACCUAUUAUCUUGAAUGAAGGUAAUGUGUCUAUCUAUGCAACAGGAUCUCGUAUAGUUGCCAGCACUAAUUUCGGCUUGAGUGUUACCUAUAAUGGAUAUAGUGCAGUGUUUAUCUCCGUACCACCAAAUUACAGAGAAAAAAUAUGUGGACUUUGUGGAAAUUUCAAUGGAAAUCCAAAUGAUGACUUUCACACACCAUCUGGAACGAUAGUCACAUCUCCAGAUGAGUUUGGGAGAGCCUGGAAGGUGCCAGGCAACUACACGUGCAAUGAUGGCUGUGGCUCCUCCUGUCCACAGUGUGCCAAUGAACAGCCUGCUAGUGAUCAGUGUGAGGUGAUACAGGCAGCUGAUGGGCCCUUCAGUUUCUGCCACGAGGAGGUGGACCCGGCGCCAUAUUUCAACGACUGCGUGUUUGAUGUAUGUUUGUCAGGAAAUCAAGGCCACGAUCUCUUGUGCAGUGCCAUUGAAUCAUAUGUCAGUGCCUGUCAGUCUGCUAAUGUUCGAAUCUAUCCCUGGAGAGAGAACACCACCUGCACACUGGACUGUCCAGCCAACAGCCAUUAUGAGCUGUGCGGUACUGACUGUGGCCACACCUGUGCCAGUAGCAUUGAUGAAACCUGUGAGCAGUUCUGCUCUGAGGGAUGUUUCUGUGAUGAAGGCUUCAUCAAGAGUGGGACCAGGUGUGUCCCAGUGGAAAGCUGUGGCUGCCAGUAUGAUGGAUUCUACUAUGAUGCUGGCGAGUCCUUCUGGACAGACGGUUGCUCCCAGAGAUGUGAAUGUCACGCUCCAAAUGACCUGCGAUGUUCUGCCUCGUCGUGCACUCCUGAACAGCAGUGCUCCAUCAGAGACGGCCAGCUGGGCUGUUACAAUGCUACCACCUGCACAGUAUCUUUCAAAGGUGAAUUAGUGCAGCUGGGUACUUCAUUCUGGAGUGACAGGACCUGUGCACAGAAGUGCACAUGUACCUUAACAGGCUUGCAGUGCCGCAAUGAGCCGUGCUCCUUUUCACAGAUCUGCAAGCCAGCUUCCUUCCAGUUCUCCUGUCAGACAGUGCCAAGAGGAACCUGCACCAUAAGCGGUGAUCCCCAUUACUACACCUUUGAUAACACAGUGUUUCACUUUCAAGGCACUUGCACGUAUGUUCUCUCUGAGCAAUGUAAUAGUGGACAGCCCUACUACAGAGUAGAAGGCAAAAAUGAGCACAGAGGCAGUACUCGAGUCUCUUGGACACGACUGGUGAAAGUGCAUGUCUACAAUGACACAAUUGAGCUUGUCAAAGGACGCCAUGGUCAGGCUAAGGUUAACGGGAACUUUGCAUCCACUCCAUUCUCCCUUAGCAAUGGCACCGUGCAGGUUUAUGAGUCAGGUUUUUCUGUGUUUGUCAGCACUGACUUUGGUUUAGUGGUGUCUUAUGACACAGAUCAUUAUGUCCAGAUCAGCUUGCCCUACACUUACCAGAAUGGUACAUGCGGUCUUUGUGGAAACUUCAAUGGCAUUCGUAGAGAUGACUUUCAAACUCGUGACGGUGAGGUUGUGAGCUCUGAUGUGGUUUUUGCUAACAGCUGGCAAGCAUCUGGGGAUAUUCCC